UGUGUGGUUAUUGGGGGGGCUGGAGCAGUAAAAAAAGAAGAAGGAAAAAAAGAGCGGGGCUCGGCUGGGAGAGGUUGAGCGUGGGGCUGACGGGCUUCUGCGGCGAUGGAAGAACUUACGGCGUUCGUCUCGAAGUCUUUUGACCAGAAAGUGAAGGAGAAGAAGGAGGCGAUCACGUACCGGGAGGUACUGGAGAGCGGGCCGCUGCGCGGGGCCAAGGAGCCGACCGGCUACGCUGAGCCGGGCCGCGACGACCGCAGCAGCCCGGCAGUCCGGGCGGCCGGCGGAGGUGGCGGCGGCGGAGGAGGCGGAGGCGGAGGAGGCGGAGGAGGCGGAGGAGGUGCAGGAGGAGGAGGAGCAGGCGGAGGAGCUGGAGGAGGGCGCUCUCCCGUCCGGGAGCUGGACAUGGGCGCCGCCGAGAGAAGCAGGGAGCCGGGCAGCCCGCGGCUCACUGAGGUGUCCCCGGAGCUGAAGGAUCGCAAAGAGGAUGCGAAAGGGAUGGAGGACGAAGGCCAGACCAAAAUCAAGCAGAGGCGAAGUCGGACCAAUUUCACCCUAGAACAACUCAACGAGCUGGAGAGGCUUUUUGACGAGACUCACUACCCGGAUGCCUUUAUGCGCGAAGAACUGAGCCAACGGCUGGGGCUGUCCGAGGCCCGAGUGCAGGUUUGGUUUCAAAAUCGAAGAGCUAAAUGUAGAAAACAAGAAAAUCAACUUCAUAAAGGCGUCCUCAUAGGGGCUGCCAGCCAAUUUGAAGCUUGUAGAGUAGCACCCUACGUCAAUGUAGGUGCUUUAAGGAUGCCAUUUCAGCAGGAUAGUCAUUGCAACGUGACGCCCUUGUCCUUUCAGGUUCAGGCGCAGCUGCAGCUGGACAGCGCCGUGGCGCACGCGCACCACCACCUGCACCCGCACCUGGCCGCGCACGCGCCCUACAUGAUGUUCCCGGCACCGCCCUUCGGACUGCCGCUCGCCACGCUGGCCGCGGACUCAGCUUCUGCCGCCUCCGUUGUCGCUGCCGCCGCUGCCGCCAAGACCACCAGUAAGAACUCCAGCAUCGCGGAUCUCAGACUGAAAGCCAAAAAGCACGCGGCAGCCUUGGGUCUGUGACGCCAACGCUAGAGCCAAUGUUGCGCCAGCAUUGCGGCGCGCGCUGCCUGCACGUCCUCCGAGCCCCACUGCUUCUACAUUACCCGCUCCGGACCUCUGGAGCCCAGCCUCUUUCUGCCCUGUUCAUCCCUUGCCCCCUUCCGCAUCCCAGACUCGGAGGGCGGGACGCAGGAUCCCACGAAGCGUACCAGCUCCCUGGUUCCUGACUUACCCAAGGGCCUAGAAUUCGGCUUUGUGGGGCGGGUUUGGGAAGUCUGGAGAGAGACUGGACAAGGGAGUACUGGGACGGAGGUGUGACUCAUGGCAAAACUACAAGAAGAACUCGCGUAGAAAUAAAAAUCCUGUUAAUAAAAAGUGAAGGGAAGAGUAGAAAAGACAAACCUGAGAGAAAAAGAGAAAGGGAACUUAUUGCUAUUCGGCAAAAGCUAAAAUCGGAGAGCGAACCACGCAAGAAAAAAAUUAAAAAUUAAAGUAUUUUGUACAUUGAAAAUAUGGAAAAAAUAACCUGGACUGAUCUCGAGAAAUUUGAGGGUGGGGGGUUUACCAACUUAAAGUGUAUGUUUUUUUUUUUAAUGGGCUAAGAAGGCAAGACAGAAGGAAGAAGUAUACUUAUUUAAAGAAUUAAGAUAAAAAAGUACGCAGCUGGGAAGUUCACAGGUUUUGAAACUGACCUUUUUUUCUGCGAAGUUCACUUUAAUACAAGAAAUUUGAUAAGAGAGGCGGGCCUCCUUUUACGUUGAAUCAGAUGCUUUGAGUUAAAAACCACCGCGUAUGGAAAAGCAAGAAGAGGGAAGACAGUAUAAAAACGAGGAGAGGAAAAAAAAUGAUAUUCAUACAAAAAUGAUACCACAGACAAUGAUUUCUCUGAGAAAUUAUUAUGGCAGAACUGUCCAGACUGCUGACAGUAAAUCCUGGUUUGCAUGUUACUUGUAUUCCAUUGAUAGUGUCUACCCCCCUUCCCGCUUUACUCACAUGCACUUAACUCCAUUUUCAUUUUCAGUAUGAAAACAAUACCCAAAGCGUCUGGAAAUUGAUAUAUAUUUCUAUCUGUAUUUUUUGCCCUAUCUUUGAUCAUGAGGGACAAAAGAAAAAAGUUUGAAGGGAAAAAAAUUUACACUCUGUUUAUCCCAAGAAAACAGAGGCAGGUAGAGAAUGUGGGGAAAGGAAAAGGGAAACAAGAUCAAAUAAAAUAAUGAAGGUACAGCGCCUCACGUGGUGCCUGAUGCAUAGUAGGCGCUCAGUGUUAGUCCCCUCCCUCCCCCUUUCUUGUAUUCCCUCUUGCUGAUUUCCUGAAGUCCUAUUUCAGGACCUUGCUUUAUUUCCCCCUCUCUAACCCAUCACACUCACUUUAAACAACACCCAGCUAGAUACAGGCACUAGGUUUGUGUAAAAUAUGUUGAUACACACGAACAAAGUUUAUUUUGGCUAUAAUGUGUGAACUGAUGGUUGAAACAUUUGCAUUUUAUUCACAAAGGUGUAUAUUCAAGUAAUUUUUUUGUCUCAAUUCUUGCAGCUAUUUAAACUGGGGUACCCCGGACUAAGCAAUCUGUAUCCAGAUUCUCUAAAAAUCUUCCUUAGUGUUUUGUUUUGUUUUGUUUUUUAAUCCCUUCUAAUUUACAAGAGAGGAAAAGCUCUUUUAACUGAACUUUGGUAUGCGGUUGAGCUUUGUAACUAUUUGUUCUCCAUGAAAACAAAUUAUUUAUAUUUGCCAUAUUUUUUCUAGUGUAUUAAGUUAUUUUAAACAAAAGAUGCUGUUAUUUCAUGACGUGUUGUCGGUACAAAAUGUUUCGGUCUCAUCUCUGUUAAACAUUUUAAAUAAGUGCCAAGUUAUUAAUUGAAGACACUUUGCGAUCAAUUGAAUGAAAAUAGUAUUGUUUCAUUUGA